CUUCGUAUUCUGACACCAACUCCCAACAAAAAGUAAGAGAGAGAGAGAGAGAGAGAGAGAGAGAGAGAGAGAGAGAGAUACUGAGGUGUACACACGAUACACCUAUACCACUAUAUAGAUACGUAUUUUAUUAUUUGACGCCGACGGCCAACCGAGGAAAAUUCAUUUGGCGACUUUUCUCCGCAUUGGACCGAAAUCGACCCACCCGGUUAUUUCUCUGUCUCUCUCCUCUGUUUCUCUCUCUACGAUUUGGGUUCAGAAUUCUGUAGUUUGAGAGGGCGAAUGUCAGGAGGAACGCAGAAUAGUUUGAGGAAAGCACUGGGAGCCAUUAAGGAUACCACCACAGUCAGUUUGGCAAAAGUAAAUAGUGAUUACAAGGAGUUGGAUAUUGCAAUUGUUAAGGCCACGAAUCAUGUUGAGCGUCCAGCGAAAGAAAAAUACAUAAAAGCUAUUUUUGCUGCUGUUUCAGCUACAAGGCCUCGAGCUGACGUUGCAUAUUGCAUACAUGCACUGGCUAGACGAUUGUCAAAGACACAAAAUUGGGCGGUUGCAUUGAAAACUUUAAUUGUUAUUCAUCGUGCCUUGAGAGAAGUGGACCCAACUUUUCAUGAAGAGCUUAACAACUAUGGAAGGAGUAGAAGCCACAUGCUCAACUUGGCCCAUUUCAAAGAUGAUUCCAGUCCCAGUGCAUGGGAUUAUUCUGCUUGGGUUCGAACUUAUGCCUUGUUUUUAGAGGAGAGGAUGGAAUGUUAUCGUGUAUUGAAGUAUGAUGUCGAGGCGGACCGCCCUAGAACUAAAGAUUUGGACACACCAGGAUUGCUUGAGCAGUUACCAGCUUUGCAGCAGCUUCUCUCUCGUGUUCUUGGUUGCCAGCCAGAAGGAGCAGCAGUUGGUAAUUUUGUGAUUCAAUUAGCUCUCUCUAUGGUUGCUUCUGAAAGCAUUAACAUCUAUAAUGCUAUCAGUGAUGGUACUGUUAAUUUGGUUGACAAGUUCUUUGAGAUGCCCCACGUUGAUGCUCUUAGGGCUUUGGAUAUAUACCGGAGAGCUGGGCAACAGGCAGAGAGGCUAUCAGAGUUCUAUGAAAUAUGCAAAGGCCUUGACAUCAGACGUGGAGAAACUUUUAUCAAGAUUGAACAGCCACCUGCAUCAUUUAUGCAAGCAAUGGAAGAGUAUGCGAGGGAAGCUCCACGGGGUUCAACAUUUCGCAAGGAUCAGGUUAAAAGUGCUAGUCCCAAGGUAAUCUUGGCCAUAGAGGACAAAAAGACUGCAGAGAUGCUUGAGGCACGACCACCAUCCCCACCUAAACCAGAACCAGAACCAGAACCAGAACCAAAACCAGAACCAGAACCAGUUAAGGUGGAAGCUCCUGUUGCUACUAAUCCACCUGAUCUACUGGGUUUGAACGAUCCUCAUCCAGCUGCUUCAGAAUUAGAUGAGAAGAAUGCUAUGGCAUUGGCUAUCGUGCCUGUUGGUGAUCAACCAACUACUGCUGGCUCACCUCUCACAAAUGGAGCAACAGGCUGGGAACUGGCUCUUGUUACUGCACCUAGCUCAAAUGGGAGUGCCUCAACUACUAGCAAACUGGGUGGAGGUCUCGACAAACUUACACUUGACAGCCUGUACGAUGAUGCAAUAAGGAGAACCAACCAAAAUGCGAGCUAUAACCCAUGGGAGCAGGGGCCAAUGGUGGGUCCCCUGAUGCCACAGAUAGCACACGACCCAUUCUUUGCCUCCCACUCUGUGGCGGCCCCACAUUCUGUGCAGAUGGCAGCCAUGGCUAACCAGCAGCAAGCUUUCAUGUUCCAGCAGCAGCAGCAGCAGCAGAUGAUGAUGAUGAUGAUGAUGGGCCAACAACAGCAACAACAGCCUUCAAAUCCUUUCGCAAAUGCAUAUGGAGCAAAUGUUCAUCCCUAUGGGCCCGGUAUGCCUGUCCAAGCCCAAAAUCCGUUCACGAGACUCGUGUAACUACCACGCACAGAAUCUGUUUUUUUUUUCUUUCCCGGGAACUUGACGAAGAAGGAUGUGGGAGGUAGACGAGCUAGUUUUGGAUAUCAAAAUCAGGGAGAUUUGAAGGGGAAGAUAAGAUAUAUGUAUAUAUGUAUCAUAUGUGUGCCAAUUGCAGGAGCUCGGAUGAUAUUAUUUGCUCAAUAAUACGGGUGAGGAAGGUGGUAAUAAUCUUCACGGACAAAUGGAAUUUUUUGGCCUGGUUCAUGUGCUUGUUCCUGGAGUAGGGUUCUCAUUUCUUGGGAUUUAUUUUACUUCAAAUUUUGUUAUAUUUUUUUAAUGAAGAUAGGAACAAUUUUUGUUCGUGUUGUGGAUACAAGGUUUGAUUACUGAUUCUUUGUUGUACACAUUGAAUGUUCAGAACUAAUUGAAUUUUCUGUUUAUAAUAUUGUCUUUUCCUUCAA